AUGGCCAUGAAACGCCAGCCAAAUGGAGCAGCAGGACGGAGGACACUGCCCCAUACCACUGUGCACCGGCUGCUGAGCUGGGGGCUGCCCGCCCCCUGUCACCAGUUCCUGUGGCGCCUGCCCGGCCAGUUUCCGGUCACUGCUUUCCUGCUGGGAGCAGGCACUGGGGGACUCUUGGCCAUAGGCCUCUUCCAGCUCCUGGUGAACCCCAUGGACAUCUACGAGGAACAGAAGAUGGUGGCCAUCUACGGCUUGGUGGGCUUGGGAGCCCUAGGCUGGGGGACGUCCCCUCACGUCCGCUGUGCCAGCCUCCUGCUAGUGCCCAAGAUGCUGGGCAAAGAGGGCAGGCUGUUCAUCCUGGGAUACGCCUUGGCUGCUAUCUACGCAGGGCCAGUGGCCAAUCUGCAGCACAACCUCAAUGAAGUGAUAGCAUCUCUGGGCUGCACCGUGGAGCAUCAGAUCAAGAACGCCCGCGCGGCCUGGCGCAUCUCCACAGCCCCCCUGCGAGCAGUGUUCAAGGACCUACUGAGCAGCAGAGCAUCGUUGAAAGCAGAAACGAAGAACAUUUCCACCUCCUUUGAGGACCUGGAUGCCCAGGUGAAUAGUGAGGCUGGCUUCGUUCCUGAGGAUGCCGCGGACUCGGAAGAAGCAGCCCAAGGUGCCCAGGCCCGCGGGGCCCCACGCUCCAGACUCCACGUCUCCACCCAGAAGAUGUAUGAGCUCAAGACCAAGCUGCGCUGCUCCUAUGUGGUGAACCGGGCCAUACUCAGCUGCCAUCGCUGGUUUGACCAAAAGCAUCAGGAGUGCAUGCGGCGAAUCUCAGUCCCGCUCCUCAACCACUUGUUCUGCCUGCCCAUGAAGUUCAAGUUCUUCUGUGACAUUGCCAAGGUGAUGGAGGUUUGGUGUCGCAGUCGCAUCCCAGUGGAAGGCAACUUUGGGCAGACGUACGACUCCCUCAACCAAUCCAUUCGUGGUCUGGAUGAGGAAUUUUCAGCCAAUAUUGACAUCAAGGAGGAGAGGCAGGCCGCGGUGCUGGGCGUCAACCUGAGCUGGCAGCACGUGAGCACGGAGGUGCGGGAAUUUGUGCAACGGCAAGAAGCCCGGCUGGAGUGGGCCCUGGGGCUGCUGCACGUGCUGAUGUCCUGCGCCUUCCUGCUGGUCCUCCACUCGUGCUUCUCCUACAUGGACAGCUAUAACGGGGACAUUCGCUUUGACAACAUCUACAUCAGCACCUACUUCUGUCAGAUCGACGAGCGCAGGAGGAAGCUGGGUAAACAGACUCUGCUGCCCCUCCGCAAGGCUGAGGAGAAAACUGUCGUCUUCCCCUUCAAGCCCACCAUCCAGGCUCAAGAAAUGAAGAACCUGGGGAAGGAGCUCCUGGGCACGCUGCCCAUUGCGCUGCUGCUGCUGCUGCUGUGCGGGCUGGACUGGGCGCUCUACUCGGUCUUUGACACCAUCCGCCAGCACUCCUUCCAGCAGUACUCCUUCCGCAGCAGUCAUAAACUGGAGGUGAAGGUAGGGGGAGACUCCAUGCUUGCCCGGCUUCUUCGGAAAACCAUUGGGGCCCUGAACACCUCCUCAGACACAGUUGUGGAAUCAAACAACCUGCCCUGCCUGCCCCAGCCCGUGUGCAUGGAUGCCAGGGCCUACUGGAGGGCCUCACUGCCCAUUGUCCUGCUGGUGUGUCUCUGCCUAGCCCAGGCUUUCGGCUACCGGCUCCGGAGGGUCAUUGCAGCCUUCUAUUUCCCCAAGCGAGAGAAGAAGCGGGUCCUGUUCCUCUACAAUGAUCUAUUGAGGAAGAGAGCAGCUUUCACCAAACUGAGGAGGGCUCUCAUCAUAAGGCGCGCUCAACAGCAGAGGGGUCCACGCCACCACCUGGUGGACACCCUGCACCACCGCUGCCCGCUCCUGCGCCGCUGGCUGCGCCGGCGAUGCGUAGUGUGCCAGGCGCCCGAGACACCCGAGUCCUACGUGUGCCCAACGCCAGAAUGCGAUGCCGUGUACUGCCAGUCGUGCUGGAACGACAUGAAGAAUCUGUGCCCGGUCUGCACACCCCGCGAGGAGCUCUCCUCCUCUGCUUACAGCGACAGCAACGAUGACCUUAAGUACGCGGAGUGA